UACACUUUUCAGUUAGAGUUUGAAAAUUUCAACGUUAAAAAUCAGGGUAAAUUCUACGUAAAUAUUCGUGCGAAAAUUCUAAAGUUAAACCAUGUGGGCCGGUCUGUGCAACAAGGUGAUAUUGGUGACUGGAGCUGGAGGCGGCUUUGGCAGUGCUCUGGUCAAGAAGUUGGCCAAAUCGGAAGCCAAUGUCAUUGCUGUGGCACGUAAGGAGGAGCAGCUGCAAAAGCUUUGCGAGGUCGAUGAGGAACACGUUAGACCACUGAUGCUCGAUCUGUCCGAUUGGAAUGCGGUGCGUCAGGAGUUGGCACAAUUACCUCAGCUCGAUGGUGUGGUAAAUAAUGCGGGCGUGGCAAUCAUCAAACCCUUCGAAGAGCUGACCGAAAAGGAUAUUAAUAUGAUAUUCGAAGUGAACUUUAAGGCUGUCGUUAACAUCACACAAUCGCUGCUGCGAUACGGCAAACUUCGUGAAUCCUCCUCCAUUGUGAACGUCUCUUCGUUGGCCUCAUCCCGUAGCUUCGAUGGUCACGCAGCUUACGGUGCAUCGAAGGCAGCUCUUGAUUCUCUCACCAAGUCGUUGGCCUUAGAGUUGGCACCGCAAAAGAUACGCGUUAACUCUGUUAAUCCUACGGUUGUAAUGACGCCCAUGGGAAUCCAGAUUUGGUCAGAUCCGGCAAAGAGUGAACCACUUUUGGAGCGCAUACCUCUGAGUCGAUUCGGCGAGGUGGACGAAGUGGUCGAGACAAUUGGCUAUUUGCUAAGUGAGAGCUCCAGCUUUGUCAAUGGACAUCAUCUCAUGCUUGAAGGCGGUUAUUCGGUUUCCUAAAUUAAACCACAUGUUCGAGUAUCGAGAUUUGUGGCAGUUGUAACAGCUGUUGUUAAACCUUAUUUAGAAUUUCCUAUUCGUAGAAAAAGGUUGCAUAUUGUAAAUGCUUUUGAAUCACAAGAGAUUUGAUAGUUCCUUAAAUAUAGAUUCGCUACAGUUGAAUUUAUUGGACAAACAGUGUUUAAAAUAAUAUGUAAAGACCUAAAUAAAUUUGAUAAUUUUUCAAGCCACAA